GUAGGACGGGUCAUGCCUUUACCAUCCUAGGAAACAAAUUUAGUUUCCCGCGGUGGCUAAACUUGUUUACAGCACCAUCGUUGAUUGACUAGCUCACCUUUUCGCUUCAAAAGUACGCUGUUGAUGCAUCAGUCAACUCCUGCAGGUCUCUCUGGCCUGUGUCGAGUCACGGAUCAUCUUUAUCUCAGUAAUGGCAGAGCAGCCGGCGAUGCAUCCCAGGUGACUCGCAACAAGAUAACCUGCAUCAUUAACGUUACUGAAACCAGGAACAGCAGCCCUGCUCCUCCAGGGGUGGAGGAGUACGUCCACAUCCCUGUCUCUGACUCCCUGGUGUCUCCUCUCUGCGAACACUUUGACGGUGUGGCAGAUACAAUACAGCUGAUUGCCGAGCGCGGUGGCCGCACUCUGGUGCACUGUAACGCCGGUGUGAGCCGCUCCGCCGCCCUGUGCAUGGCCUAUCUGAUGAAGCACCGCGGUGUUACUCUCCUGGAGGCCCACAGGUGGGUGAAGACCUGUCGACCCAUGGUGAGGCCGAAUAAUGGCUUCUGGAAGCAGCUAAUCCAAUAUGAGAUGGAGCGUCGUGGGUGCACAUCUGUCCGGAUGGUCUCCUCCUCCAUGGGAGACAUACCAGACAUUUAUGAAGAGGAGACCAGAAAUAUGACGCCACUAUGACCCUCAACACUGCUUUGUGUGUGUGUGUGUGUGUGACUGGGGG